AUGAUACUGGAUGAGGGAAAUCAGAGCUCUGUGACCACGUUCGUCCUCCUGGGCUUCUCAGAAUACACACACCUCCAGGCGCCCCUCUUCCUGGUUUUCUUAACCAUCUACACAGUCACUAUGGUGGGGAACCUGGUCAUAAUUGUGGUCAUAAAGAUCAAUCCCAAACUCCACACCCCCAUGUACUUUUUUCUCAGCCAUCUAUCCUUUUUGGAUAUUUGUUAUUCCAGUGUAUUUACACCCAAACUUCUAGAAAUCUUGGUCAUGGAAGACAGAACAAUCUCCUUUAAAGGAUGCAUGGCACAAUAUUUCUUUGGCUGCACAUUUGUGAUUACAGAAAUGUUCAUGUUAGCAGUGAUGGCCUAUGACCGGUUCGUGGCUGUUUGUAACCCCCUUCUGUACACAGUUGCCAUGUCUCAUAAACUCUGCACCCUCCUUGUAGCUGGAACCUACACAUGCGGUGGAAUAUGUUCUUUGACAAUCACAUAUUCUCUUUUGGAUCUAUCUUUCUGUGGUUCUAACAUAAUCAAUCACUUCGGCUGUGAGUAUUCUGCCAUCCUCUUUUUAUCCUGUUCUGACCCCAACUUCAGUCAGAUGACAUGUUUAGUCAUUUCUAUAUUCAGUGAGACUUGUAGCCUCCUGAUUAUCCUCUCCUCCUACAUUGUCAUAGUUGUCACAAUCAUCAAAAUGCCUUCUACUGGUGGACUCCGAAAAGCCUUCUCCACCUGUGCUUCCCACCUGACUGCCAUCACCAUUUUCCACGGGAUCAUCCUUCUCCUCUACUGUGUGCCCAACUCCAAAAGCUCAUGGCUCCUGAUUAAAGUGGGCACUGUGUUUUAUACUGUCAUGAUCCCCUUGCUGAACCCUCUUAUCUACAGCCUUAGGAACAAAGAUGUGAAAGAGACAGUCAGGAAAUUAAUCAACUCCAAACUGCUUUCUCACUCAAUGUAA